AUGACAGUGCGGAAGCGGAAAGGCACGCGAUCAGGUCGAUCGACCAAGGAUGCUGAGACAUCCAAGGCGGAAGGCGACUCCCAAACGAUGCCAACUGUCACAGAUAUUACGUGCGAAUGUUGCCUUCUACCAAUCAAGCUCGACUCUGAGUUAAACGAAGAGCUUGCACGCAUUGACACAUGUCAUCACCAGUUUCAUUUCGCUUGUAUAAAGAAAUGGUCUACACUUGAGACCACGUGCCCACAGUGUAAAGCUGUUUUUAGUCGCAUCGAAAAAAUCUGCCAAAAAACUGGAACUGUACUUGAAACGGUGGAGUGCAAGUCGUUGUUCCUGUGGGACCAUUCAGACGAGGAUGGAGACAUUGAACACGAGAAUCAGCCACAGGAAUCGGCAAAGGUCACCAAUGCAGCGAUCGCAGGGAUAGGGGCGAAUCUACUCGCACCGGAUGAACUGGAAUCUACGCGAGUCGCAAAAAAACCCAGGAAGUCAGUCGAACUACCGGUGGCAGUUGCGCUUACAGAGAGAUAUGUCAAACGCAUGGCUAUGAACGACAUUUGUUACACGCCACCGAAAGUAACCUAUGAAGCAACGCCGAUGCCGAAACAUGCGCUGCGUCGUGACAGUGAAUUCAAGCUGGAGCCAGUGUAUCAGGAGGACUUUAUAGGAAAAUAA